AUGAUGGAUCUCAGCUUCGCACGUGUCCAAAUACCAUUAAAUCACGAUCCCAAAUUUAAAAGGAUAACCACAAGUACACUUGGAGUAGUCUCCCCAAUUCGUCUUGAUCAGCCAAUGGUUCAAACAGAGAGUAUUUCCAUUAAACCAUUCGAUGAAGGUAUUCAACAGACCGACUCCGUUGUUUCAACAAGCUUUAACGCCAAAUUUAAAGAAGAAGAGAAGAACGUGAAAAAGUUACAAUCACUUUCAACUGUUAUAGUAAGAAAGAGUUUUGCAUUAAAUGUUUACCCAGUUAAAGUAUUAACAAGUGUUAAAGGAUAUUCUGCGAAUGCUAUUAAAGAGAGAAAAAUGAAGGAUGAGACUUGUUUCCAGCAAGCCAUUUGUCUCAUGUUAUUCCAUUUCUUUGGAGAAUUUACCAUUCUCAAACCAGUCAAACAAUCUUCAGCUACAAAUUCUUUGCCCAAAUUGUAUAGACUCCAUUUCUUAGAUGUUGAAAUUAAAAUAGAAGAAUUCCUUUCUCUUAUCUACAAAAACAAAAACACCAAGUUUGAUGGGACUGAAACAAAGAAGACUAUCCAAAGAAGUUCAAACAAGAAUGCACUUUAUGCCACUCACAAUUAUCUCCUCGACAUUCUCAGAAUUUGUGGGUUCUUUUUUGAAUCCACUUAUCCUAAGAAGUCUUGUAAAUGCAUGGAACAAGAAAGAGUCAAGAAAAUAUUUUAUGGUAAUCACCUCUUACUCACCAAAAGUGAAAUGGAUAUUUUUGGAAAGGAAAUAAACGACUUCUUCCUUGGAAGAGUACUCCAGACGGGUUCAGAGACAUUCAGUAGGAAUAACAGAAUUCUGGAAACUUUCUUAUCAACUAAUGUCCCUUUAUUAUACCAAAAGCUUGUUCCUUUCUUGGAUUCUUUCGUCUAA